AUCAGGAGUAUAAAUUGAACAUGAUACUGAAAAUUUGUUUAAAAUUUUAAGAAACAUGGAUAAAGACAUUGAAAGUAAUAAUGACUAUACUGAAAGUUUAAAUGGCAACACUGGAGAAGAAAUAAUAGAAAUGUCAGAUAAAGAAGCACAGUUGGCUAGUGAGGCAAUGAAGUUGGAAGAUUCUGGAAUAACUCUUGAUGAAAAACCUGCAGAAAAGACUGACACUGAACACAUCCAGGUAGAGAAUUUACAAGAUAAAAGUGACACCGAAGAAAAACAGUCAGCUGAAGGGAAUGUUUAUUCUAUUGAACAAGACAAACAUAAGGCUGAAAAUGAAAAUCCUGAUAAUGGUAAUGGAAAUAUAGGCACGGAUAUAGGAAGAGAUGAGCAGCCCAUGGAAGAGGGUAUUGAAGACCUUGAACACAAAAUUAGACAGUAUGGAGAAGGAACAGAAUAUGUAAAUGAAGAGGCCAAACUAGGCAGUGUUGAGGAUUUGAUAAAUUUCGAGGAAGACAUAAGUAAAGGGGAAACAUGUACUAAUGAACUGGUCCAUGAAGAAAAUGCAGCCCAUAUGAGUAAUGAUAAAGAAAAGCAGUCAAUACUUGAUAAGAGCUUAAUACAAGAAGACGAACCAGGAAAUAUGCAAGAAACAAGUGGUAGAGAUGAAGCAAAAGGUACUAGUUGUAUAGAGGUAGAACAAUAUUCUGAGGAAAAAAGCACUGCAGUUGCACAUAUCAAAGAAAUAGAUGCAGAAGAUAUUUCGGCAAAACAAGAAAUAGAAGAUAGGAGUGUCGAAAGAGAUAAAGAUACAUGUAAGAAUGAAGAUGUUCCUGAGAAUAGGAAAAGCAUACAAGAAAGUAAUGAUACAAGUAAAAAGAUAGAGAUUGAAACAGUUGUACAGGAAAUUGGUCAGAAUCUACAGAACUCUGAAGAUAAUGCAGGUCAAAGCAGAAUGGCAUCACAGGAAUUUGUUGAGUGUUCAGAUACAAACAAUAUGGAUGAGAAGGAGAACAAAACAGAUACCUAUUAUCAACUUCUUGAAGAGCUAAAGAAGGAUGUAAUCAAUUUUGAGAAAAGCUACGAUGAAAGUUAUUUGGGCUAUGAAAACUAUGAAGACAAAUGUGAGGAAUACGGAAAUUUCAGAGAUAAUAUAGAAACUGAACAAAGUGUAGAUUUGGAAUGUGGUUUAAAGUUGGAGCAAAAUGUAGAUUUGGAAAGUGAUGUUGGUAAUGAACAAAUAGUAGAAAGUUUUGCAUCUGAAGUUGAGAGACAUAGUGAAGAUGCUGACUUUAAACAAGAGGUUGAAAAGAUUGAUCAAGUCUUUGAUAGGUCUACUGCUGCGACGUUGAAUAGUCCAGAAAAUUUUUAUAUGCCAGAACCUUCAACUGAUCUAGAUACAAACAUUUAUCAAGGAUUACAACCUGAAAUGAACAAUACAUUUACCAAAUCUUUUGAGCAAGGUGCUGCUGUUCAUAACAAUGGGAUAACAACUGAAAAUGGUUUUGAAUUAUUGCAGGAAAGUGAACAGGUUGAUUUAAGUUCAAAGUUAGAAUUAUAUAGAAAUGACGAAUGUCUUCAGAAGGGUACAGAUGCAAAUACUGUGAAGAUAGAUCAAUCAAUGUAUGAGUUACAAGAUGUGACUGAAAAUGAGAUCAGUACGGAAUGUCAACCAGAAAACAUUAGUAAAAUUGACAGUCAUGUCUUAGAAAAUACUAGUAAAGAACUUUCAUAUUUAGAAAUGGAAGGAAGUAGUGCUAGAGCAAAUGCAGGAGAAAAUGUAUUAAAGUUUGCACAGCUGGAAGAUAUCGAAGAAUCAUUAACAGAUAUUUCAGAACUGACAGAAUGGAAACUGGAUCAUGAAAUGUUAAGCAUAGACGACAAUGUUUCCUGUCAAAAUAGAGAUACACUUGAAAAUGCGCAGGCAGAAAAUGCAAAUAAUAUAAACAUUGAGGAUGAGAAACAAAUUAUAAAUGGUUUGAAUGAAACAGAAGUGGACAGUCUAGUGAAUGAGGCCACAGCUAGUAAUACUGCAGAGAUGAGUGAGAAUGCUAACAAAGGUGCUUUCGAUAAGACAGGAUUCAGAGAUAAUGAAGGUGAACAUUUUAGAAUGGAAAGUAUUGAGCUAAUAUGUGUUGAAGAACUGUCAGACACUGCUUCAGAAGAAGGCUAUGGAUUAGAUUUACAGAUUUUAGAAACAGCAAGUAAUUUGGUGAUGCUUGACAAAGAUUUCACAUCACCUACUGAUAGUGAGGGUAGAAUUAUAGUCAAUGCUGCAUUGUCUGAAGAUGAGGAGUAUCAUAAAAUCAUGUCAGGUGACCUUGAACUUGACUCCGACCAGUAUGAUAGCCUUGACCUUGUCCCUGGGUCUGACCUUGAAGACAGUGGGGUCAACCAGUGCUUUGAGGAUAGAGAAGAGAAUGAUGAAGAUGAGAGGGAAGAUGUUCAGAAAAAGACAUUCACAAAAUGGAUCAACUCACAACUUUCGAAGUCUGGCAGGCCGGUGUUGGAGGAGCUGUUUACAGACCUGAGGGACGGAACACACUUGCUGUCUCUCAUAGAAGUUCUGAGUGGAUCUCCGCAGGUUCGAGAGAAGGGACGAAUGCGAGUUCAUCACAUCAACAAUGUGAACCGGGUGCUUGAGGUCCUUGAAAAACAGUACAAUAUAAAGUUGGUGAACAUCAGCAGUAACGACAUUGUUGACGGGAACCAGAAACUUACUCUUGGACUUGUAUGGUCUAUUAUUCUACAUUGGCAGGUUAAAGAUGUUAUGAAAGAUUUGAUGGAUGACCUACGACAGACAAACUUGGAGAGGACACUGCUGGUGUGGUGUAGACAGUCCACUGCUGGAUAUGCAUUAGUUGAUGUAAAGAACUUCACAACUAGCUGGAGAAGUGGCCUUGCUUUCAAUGCUUUACUACAUCAUUACAAGCCAGACUUGUUUAACUAUGAUGAUCUGUUAACAAAGACAGCGGAGGAGUGCCUGGAACAUGCUUUCACUGUUGCUCAUGAACAUCUUGGUGUGGACAGACUUCUAGAUCCUGAAGAUGUAAAUGUCGACACGCCAGACAAGAAGUCUGUGAUGAUGUACCUGAUGUGCCUUUUUAAAGUCCUGCCACAUUCAGACAUUCCUCUGGACCAGAAUGUGGACUUGCCUAUAUCUCCAGUCACCCCUAUAACUCCAGAGUCUAUGUCAGCAUCUGCUAAUGUAGGAAUACAAGAAUCUAAAACAUCAGGGAUGGCAGCAUCUCUCAGCUCCUCAUCCAGUCGUCAGAGCACGAUGAGUUCCUCGGGCUCCGUUGACCUACUUUCGUACCAGGACAGCCUUGAGAAUGUACUAACGUGGCUCCUGGAAGCCGAGGAAGUUGUGGAGACACAGGAAGUGAUUGGCAACACAGUGCUGGUCGUAAAGAAACAGUUCAGCCAACAUGAGGAAUUCAUGUUGGAACUGACCAAACAUCAGGACAGUAUAGGAACAGUGCUGAGAGAGGGAAAUGACCUUAUAGUGGAGGGCAAGGUCAAGAGUGAUGAGGAAAAUGAAAUAAGGGUUCAAAUGGGGCUUCUCAAUAAUAGAUGGGAGGAGCUACGUCUAAAAGCCCUUGACCGACAGAGCAAGCUUCAGUCUACAUUGAUGACACUACAACAACAACAGCUAGAUGAGUUAGCAGACUGGUUAACUAAAAUGGAAGAAAGAAUCAGUGUGGAGAAGAAGCUUGGAUCAGACUUGUCCCAUGUUAAACAACAGAUUGAGGAUCAUAAAAAGCUUCAGGAGGAGCUUGAUCAGCAACAGAAGAAGGUGGACAGUCUACAAAAUAUGGUGGUGGUAGUGGACGACAAUAACACAGAAUCUGCCUGUGAAGCAAUGGAAAGACAACUGCAGUCACUAGGAAAACGUUGGGCGACAAUCUGCCAUUGGACAGAGGAACAGUGGCUCCUCCUACAGGAGGUGCUACUCAAAUGGCAGAGCUUUUCUGAACUUGAGGUCAAGUUUUCUGAUUGGCUGGCCAGCAGGGAGGCAAUUCUUGAGAAAAUGAAGACAUGUGAUUUGUCAGACACAAAUGUUGCAGUUGCUCAAGUACAGGAACUAAAGGUUAUAGAGAGGGAUAUGGUUGUUCAAGUACAGAAAUUUGAAGAGUUAUACGAGUUAGGGCAACAAAUAGUGCAGUGUGUAAACAAUGAUGAAGCUGUGAGAAAAAUUUCGUCAGAUCUUGAAGCCUUCCAGGAGAGAUGGAAAAAUCUUGUUGAAAACAUGGAACUACAGAGUAAAAAGAUUGUAAGUCUGGGACUUGAACUCAGCGAAAUCCCCGACAUCUCUGAGGAACCUAUAGAAGUCUCUGCAGAGGCCAAACUGCGGAGCACAGCGCCAGCAGGGGCCAAGAAGCGCAAGGUGGACUCCACUGUAAAGUUUGAGUUUGAACAGGACAUGAAGAAACUGGAUGAAUGGUUCGAGAGGAUUGAGUCUGGACUUGAACUCCUGGCUGGCGAUGAGGACCAGGACUCAUUUACAACUGAGGAACAGUGUGUACUGAUUGAAGACAGUCAGAAUGAGAUAGAUGCUCAGUCCAGUACUAUCCAGAGGUUGCUCACAUUGGGACAGACUCUGUCUAGUGAACUCGGACAAGCUGGUGAGCCAUAUGAAAAUGUUUCCAAGUCAACAAACAAUUUAGAAAAACGUUGGGAGACUUUACAGAAAAUGCUGAGUGAAACGAAGAAAAAAGUUGAUCUUAAUGUGGACUCUAAGAAAUUUUAUGAUGAAUUAAAUUCAUUACAAGACUUGGUGGGGACUUAUGAAAAGUGGGUUGGUUCUGCAGAAAUGAUCGCUGAAGAUGCGGGUGAUAUAAAUAAACAGGUGGAGCAGUCUAAAAUAAAACAAAAAGCAAUGAAGACACAAGAGGACAGGGUACAGAAGUUGUCACGACAGGCAGAACAUUUAACAAGGGGGACAAACAAAGCAAAAUUCCAGCAAGAUUUUGAUGCAUUCUUUGAAAGAUGGAAAUCCACAUUUCAGAAAAUUGAUACCCAGGAGAGUGAACGGCAGAAAAAGUUAACAGAGGCCCUGGAGAGGGCGCCACCAAAGGCUUAUUUGGAGGCGAGGGAAGCGUUGCUAAGGUGGUUACAUAAUAAUGAAGAAGUUCUCGUCUCAGAGAAAUUCUGUAUCAAAGAUCUUCCAAUAAUGGAAAAACAGCUUAAGCAAUUUAAAACAUUAGGAGAAGACCUUCGUGAGCAGAGAACCAGUAGAGAUUACAUCAGCAAAACAGGAAAUGACCUCAUCUUGAAAGCGCCCUCUAGUGAGAAAGCUGAGAAAUUGGAGGCUGAUCUAAAAAUAGUAACAAAGAAAUGGAACAGUGUCUCUGCGGCCAUGGAAACCAGAAUAAAUGAGUUAGAGACUGCAGUUGAACAGUUAAAGGAAUAUGAGACACAAAGGGAAGGCCUGAUGACGUGGAUGAGGGAGAUGGAUAUUUUCCUUCAUGCCGAGGACCCGACGAAGGGAGACCUUCCGACACUACAAGCACAACUUAACGAGAGCACGGAGGCCCAGAAUGAUAUAAAAACAUUACAGAAAAACAUGGACAACAUUAAUCACUUAUAUAGAAGCUUAUCAUUAAACACGGAGCCAACUUUCGGUGCUAAACUGACAAAAGAAGUGGAAGAAUUAAAUUCUCAUUGGAAUAAAGUGCUUACACUUGCUGAACAGCAGCACGCGAGGUUGAAAGGAUCGUUAGAUUCUAGUGAGGAGAUAUACAAUGAGAUUAAAGCUAUUAUAACAUGGCUCGAGCCGAUUAAAGAGGAUAUAUCUCAUAAGGACUAUUCAGUGGAAAGUUUGAAUGAUUUACAAGUGAAAAAUAGGAAAUUUAAGAGUUUGAAGAUAGAGAUGGUAGAGAAAGACACAGAAGUAACCAAGCUGAACGAGACAGCCAAUGAGAUGUUGAGUAAGGCUCCGUCAGGGUCUUUACAGGAUCUAGCAAGGUCGUUGAUGCGUAUGAAUACAUUAUGGACACACACGUAUCAACAAGUAGAUCACUAUUACAGGCUGUUCUCAAGUUCAGACCAGAGCUGGAGACAGUUCAAAGCUGCUAUUGAUGAAGAAACACGGUACCUUGAUCGUUUGGAGAGUAAAAUACGACGAUCUGCAUCAUCAAGUGCUGAUGCUGAGGAAAUCUCAGAACAGAUGGAUGAUAUGGAAUCGUAUUUAAGCCAGCACUCAUCGGAGAAUCGGGCGACAAUCGAGGAACUUAAGCAGGAAAUGAUAGUGAAUAGCAUUCUCACAGAUCUCAUCAGAACAGAGUCGGAACAAUAUGUGAAGAGAUUGGAUACACUAGAAAAACAGGCAAGAGAAAAAAUAAAGCAGUUAGAAGAGUCGAUUAAUGAAUCCCAGGCUGUAGAGAAACAGUUACUGGAUAUGUCACAGUGGAUGACAGAGGUCAACAAAGAAAUACAGAACCGUCUUGACGCUGAUGUCCUUGCUGGAGACGUACCGGAGGAGAGUGAGCAAAUGAAAGAAGAAUUUCGUCAACAAGACGACGUGAUUAAGGCUCUAGAGAAACAAUCAGAGAAGUACAAGGCUGAGGGGAAACAAGAGGCGGCCAGCAGGCUCGACUAUCAACUUCAAAUGGCCAAGAGGCAUCUGGGAGACCUGAAUGUGAAGUUUCAAAAGUUCCAACGUCCUGCUGACUUUGAGCCAAAGCAGAGCCACGUUAAACGUGAACUUGAUGGCAUACAGGAGAGGAUAUACCUGCUCGAGAUUCACGGGGAUGAUCUCGACCAGUUACAAGAUAAACAUGACCAAUGUAUGAAAUUCUACACAACAAUGAGUGAGUUAAAAUCUGAAGUUGAGUAUGUGAUCAAAACAGGAAGACAUAUUGUUGAGAAAAAACAAGUGGACUUUCCUGAUAAACUCAACAAACAACUGGAUGCCUUGAAGCAACAGUUUAAUGUCAUUGGUGCUCAGGUUACUGAAGGUAAAACCAAAGUUGAAAAGGCGUUAAAACUUACGAAAAAGUUAAGGAAGGAGUCGUCUGCAGUUCAAGAUUUUGUUAAUAGAAGCAACCAGGAGCUUGAUGCACGAGAGAAGACAGUGGCGACCUCUAGUGUUAGCAAGGAGAUUGCUUUUGCAAAGGCAACACAUGAAGAGAUGGUACGUCGCCAGUCGCUGAUUGGCUCAAUGAAAGAUUUGAUACAUCACUUGGCAGAGUUGACGGAAGAAGGCCUGGUUACCGAGACAAAAACAAAUUAUGAAAACCUUGUCAGUCAGUGGAACCAGCUGUCAGAGAGAUUGACGGCUUGGAUAGCUAAAUUACAGUCUGAAGAAGAAAAUGUAGAUGUAGACUUCCAGAAUUUUCAGACGUUACUUAUGAAGCUCAAGGAUUGGUUGACUCAGACUGAGGCUGUCUUACAUACCCAUGAUACCCUGUUACCACAGCAACAAGUUGCUGAUUACUGGACUGGAAAACUGCAGAUGUUGCAGAGUGACUGUGUGGAGAAAGCCAGUGAUGUGGACGAGGUCCGAGAGUCUGCCGUCCACGUGAUGAACCAGAGUAACCGAUACACCAGUAUGGUCGAACCAGAACUGACAUACCUGAACCAGAGAUGGGCGGAACUUAUUCAAAGAAUAAAGGACAAGUUAGCAAAUGUUCUAUUAUUAGACGUCACUGACAAUACGGAACUACGCUCACCUAAAGAAAUAGAGCAUACAGAGGUUAAAGUUGAGGUUGCUAAGACAGCUGUGACCAAGACGACAGUCUCCCAGGUGAUGACCUCUGUGACCCCUGUACUGACAGCAGACAUUGAAGGGUCGGCCAAAAAGUUCCACUCGCUCUAUGAAACAGCACAGGAGAUGAUAGAGGUGUACCAGAGGGAUAUAGUUUGCCAUGGCAACCUGCAGGCUAAAGACGGCAUUGGAGAUCUUCAGGAUAAUGCCAAGAAACUAGACACCAAUCUUCAGAGGAUGUCAGAGAAUGUUGAGAGUCUGGUCUCCCAGGGAGACAUGUUGUCACGGCAACUAGAAGACGAUGACCCGUCAGAGAGUUUACGCAUACAAGCUGAGGUUGAAACUCUUAAGGAUGCCUGGGAGACUUUGAAAUCUGACACGGAGAAGAAAAGGAAGACUUUGGUGAUAAUAGUCCCGCAGUGGACAACGUUUAAGCGGACAGCGAAAGAUCUAGAGAUGAACCUUGAUGCCAUGGAGGCAAACAUUAAGGUUGCGAAUAUCAACAGAGAAAUACACAAGGCAUUUGAGGAAGAACUGAAGAGACGCCAGCGUGACCUUGACACCUUACGGCAACAGGCACAACCUUUGCAUGACAAGGGAGCUGGGGCACUUGUUGAGCCAGAUAUAGACCGGCUUCAGCGACGAUGGCACGACGUCAACAGUCAGGUUGCAAUGAUACAGUAUCCUCCAGUGAGUGUGGAACCAGCUGUCACAGAAGGUCAGGUGACACGUACGACAUAUACAGUCGUUCAGUCAAGUGUUACACGUGCCAGUUCUCCAAGAACUUCGUCCCAGAUUAAGGUCGAUAUUCGCCGACUGUCUGACCAAAUUGCUGAUAUCAACAGACAGUUAACGGGGCCAGAACUUGGAGGAAAAGAUUUCGAUGAAUUUACCAAACAGGAGGAUAUACUUCAGGGUAUACAAUGGCACAGGGAGGUGCAGAAACGUCUUGAAGAUGCUAAGGCUGGAAUUGAUCGACUGGAUCGUGAGAAAGAUGAGGUUUUCUCUCAGUGUGAACCAGAUGAAAGGCAGAGGUUACGGACAUUACUUCAAGAUCUCCAUAGCUCAUGGCAGGACAUCAGUGACUCCUACACUGACAGACACAGGCGAUGGACACGUGCAGCAGAACACUGGAGACAGUACCACAAGGAUUUGACAACAGUAACAAAAUGGCUGACAGACAGCGAGCAGAAACUGGCAGAUCUCAAGUUCCUACAGGACAGCAAACUCCUAGAGAAAUCCUACGCAGAUUUGGAGUUAGAUAUCCGAGAUCACCAGGGCACAGUUAACAGUAUGAAUGCUGCGGGAAAUGAGAUUAUUCGCCAAUCAGCGGCACCCGACUCAAACAAACUGCGGGAGAAACUGGAAGAUGUGAACCAAAGAUGGAAAAACAUCUCAUCUGAAGUUCUAGAUAGACAGGACAGGUUGGAACAAGCCAGUGUGAAGACGAGCGAGUUUACAGACGACAUGGAUGAAAUGUUUUUCUGGAUUGAUGAGACAGAAAAUAUCAUUUCCUCUGCGCUGAAACCUGAGGAACAAUACCUUGAGGAAGUGCUCGAGAAAAUGAGGGAUCGUGAAGAUGACAUUCCCGCCAAGAAGCAGACAGUCGCAGCAAUAAACAGAAGUGGGGAAGUUUUGAUAAAACACGACACUCUCAGUAAACAGGACAGAGACAACAUUCACAAGGAUCUGGAUAACCUCAAUGCCAGGUGGUCAAAGGUGAUGAAUGAGAUUCCUGACAGCAUACACAACGUUGAGCGACUUCUACAUCAGCUGCGUAACCUUAUGUCCGCCAUAGACGAGUUACAGCUGUGGGUGAACGGUACAAGAGAUGUUCUAGAGGUCAAACAUGCUCAGUCAGCAACAAGUGUAGACGAACAAGAUUCUAUCAUCGUAGAUCCGCAAACAACACAAGAAGCUGUGAGGGCCAGACAAAAUAAUGUAGAUACAGUCAACAAAACUUGUGAUCAGUUGAAAACUGAGUACCAGUCUAAAUUACCUGAACCAGUUCAGGAGAAAGUGAACAAGCUCAAUGCUGAUUGGUUAAUAGUGAAAGAAUUGGCUGAACAGAUGGAACCAACUCCGCUAGACUCCUCUGUGCAUGAAGUGUUUGCUCAAGUGAAAGUCUCACAGGCGGCUGCUCAGCCUGCAGCAAAACCUGAUUGGUCAGAAUUUGACCAAUCGGUGGCAGAGCUUCGUGACUGGUUGACAUUGCUUGAACGUAUGUUGAAGUCUCAGCGGGUCACAGUCGGCGAUAUAGAAGAGAUAGAGCAGAUGACAAAGAAACAGAAGGAUAUUGGAAGCGAAUACCACUUACAUAUGCCUGAAUUGAGUAUUGUUGAAAUAGAAGCUGUAGAAAGCCUUGUCAAGGACAUAGGUUCUGAACUUAAACAGUUACAGGGCUUCCUUCAGGACAUGGGUAACAAGAAGGCGAAGUUGGCAGAGGUUCUGUCUAAGGCGGAGACACUUCGUAAACGAUCUCAGAGUGAUGAUGAGAAAAGAACGCUACGAGAAAAAGCUGACAAGCUUCAGGAGCACUGGGAUCAAGCUCUAUCAAAAGCUCAGCAGAGACAGACUGAGCUUGACGACAUGUUACUAGAAUGUCAUCAGUUUGACGCGAUGUAUGCAGAGUUUGAUCGCUGGCUUGUUACAGUCGAAGAGGAACUCAGUACAGAUACUCCAGCAAAUCUGAACACACAAAGACUCAACAAACAAAAUAAGACUUUGCAAGCAGAAGUUGAAGAAUGGCAGGUAAAGGCGGACAACUUGAAACAGUUGGCAAACAAGCUGAUAGAAGAAUACAGGGAGGAUGAUACCAGUCUUAUAAAACUACAGCUUGAGAAAAUCAUGAAUAGAUGGUCAGCCUUACUUAACAGACUUGCCAACAACAUAAAGGCAGCAGAGAAAACUGUACAAACACCAGAACAGCUCCACCUAGCCCUGGACGAGUUCUUCAGUUGGAUGGAGGGCACAGAGAACAGUUUUACGAGACUAGCAGACGAAACCAAGAAAGCAGAUGUCAUUGAGAACAAGGACCUUUGUAAUCUCUACCUUGAAGAGUUUCGGGAUCUGCAAGCUGAGGUUGAUGCUCAUGAGAGUACCUAUGAUUCAUUGACUUCUGCCGGUAACCAGCUUUCACACAGAAUGGUGGGAACCGAUAUUCAACGACUACACAAACGUCUGGAGGAGAUGAACAAACGGUGGCUCAGUCUGAUGACCAAAUCUAUGGAAAUUAGGGGUCGUCUGGAGACAAAUGCAGAACAGUGGUUACGUCUGCUGCACACUGUACAGGACCUGUUGGCAUGGAUACUGAAGAAACAGCAUGAUCUCAAAGCUCAACGUCCAGUUGGGGGAGAUAACUCAACAUUGCAAAAACAAUUGGAGGCAAAUAAGAAUUUGUGUGAAGAGUUGAGUAUGAAACGUCAGUUGGUCGAGCAGACAUUAGAAGCAGGGCGCCAGUACCUACAGGAAGAAGGGGAAGAUAGCCGGCUCAGUAUAGAUAGCGGAGACAGCAGUGAGACAGGGGAUGUCAGUUUAGAAAAAUCACCAGAGCAUGAGGCCCGUGAGCUCAUUAAAAAAAUUCGACGCCAGGUCCGACUCUUGAAUAGAAAGUGGGUGGAGCUAAACCAGAACUGUAACCAGUGGCAAGCCAUACUGGAUGAGGUGUCAGAGAAAAUGACGUUUUUCCAAGAUGCAAUGGAUGAUUUGAAUGAGAGUUUGGUAAAAGCUGAACACGAGAAAAAUAGCUGGCAUCCUGUAGGUGACAUACUCAUAGAGAACCUGCAGUAUGAGAUAGAGAAAACUAAAACAUAUCAGCAAGCAGUGGCCCCUAUACAGGGACAGGUGGACGAUGUUAACGACCAUGUAAAUGAUUUUGAAGCAGCUAAUGUAGUGCUAUCACAUGUUAUAGUUCACAAAUUAGAAGAUUAUAAAACAAGAUGGAAAGAAAUCCAGUUAUCUGCAGAAGAUCGUUUAAAAAAUCUCCAUGAUGCCUUCCGAGCUUUUGGUCCGAACUCUCAACAUUUCCUCUCAGCCUCUGUAGAACCUCCAUGGGAACGGUCAGUUGCUGGAAACAAAGUGCCUUACUAUGUCAAUCAUACCACACAAACCACACAUUGGGACCAUCCUGAAAUGACACAGCUCAUGGAAGCAUUAAACGACCUAAACAAUGCAAGGUUUGCAGCAUACAGAACAGCCAUGAAACUCCGGCUCGUACAGAAAAAACUCUGCUUGGAUCUCGUUGAAAUGGAAGCAGCAACAGAAGAGUUUGAAAAGCAAGGAUUACGCGGCCACAAUGAUAACCUCAUGGAUGUAAUUGAGAUUAUAAACUGUGUGGCGGCGAUGUAUGAAUCGUCUGCCAAAAAUAAUAACAACAUUAUCAACGUUCCACUCUGUGUUGAUUUGGUGCUAAAUUGGAUGUUAAAUGUUUACGAUGUAACGAGAAGUGGUAAAAUUCGAGUGUUGUCAUUCAAGGUCGGUGUGAUAUUAAUGUGUAACGGCCAUGUGGAUGACAAAUACAAAUUUUUGUUCCGGUUGAUCGCAGAUAAGAAUGGGUUCACAGAUCAACGUAAGCUUGGUUUGUUACUACACGACUGUAUGCAGGUUCCACGCCAGCUCGGUGAAGUCGCAGCAUUCGGAGGAAGUAACGUAGAACCUAGUGUCAGAAGUUGUUUUGAAAAGGUAAAUGGUAAACCAGAGAUAGAGGUGAAACACUUCCUGGAGUGGUUACGCCUGGAACCGCAGUCGCUGGUCUGGGUACCAGUCAUGCAUCGUUUGGCUGCAGCAGAAAACGCCAAACAUCAAGCAAAGUGCAAUAUUUGUAAAACUUUCCCAAUUGUUGGCUUGAGAUAUCGAUGUUUACGAUGUUUCAACUUCGACAUGUGCCAGAAUUGUUUCUUCUCAGGUCGUCGGGCAAAGCACCACAAACUUACUCAUCCUAUACAAGAAUACUGUACCACUACCUCUUCAGGGGAAGAUAUUCGAGAUUUCACCAAAGUUGUCAAAAAUAAGUUCAAAACCAAACGGCAUUUUCGAAAACAUCCUCGACUGGGUUAUCUCCCUGUACAAACAGUACUGGAGGGAGAUGCAUUAGAAAGCCCGUCACCUUCCCCACAGCACAGUAUAUCACAAGACAUGCAUUCCCGCCUCGAGCUGUAUGCCAACAGGUUGGCAGAAGUUGAACAGAGACAGGCUACAGCUGCCCCAGAUGUAGAUGAUGAGCAUCAUUUGAUAGCCCAGUACUGUCAGAGUUUGAAUGGUGACACUUCACAGCUUGCUUUGAAGAGUCCUAUGCAGAUAAUGAUGGCUGUCGAUGUACAUCAGAAAACAGAACUCGAGGCAAUGAUCAAAGAUCUUGAAGAAGAAAAUAAAACAUUACAAGCGGAGUACGACAGACUUCGAACGCAACAAGAACAUAACAACAAUGAGAAGACACUUCAGGCAAACGAAGAUGAUUUCACAAAUCAUGAUGAAGAAAUGCUUGCAGAAGCUAAGUUGCUACGGCAACAUAAAGGUCGUCUAGAAGCCAGGAUGAGAAUUCUAGAAGAUCACAAUAGACAACUAGAGGCUCAGUUACAGAGAUUAAGACAUUUGUUAGAACAGUCGGGAGAUAAGAGUUUAUCAUUAUCCUCAUCCAUACAUGGUUCACCAAUGACCACGCCCAGUUCAUCCCAUAGUUCCCUCCCCGGUGGUACAUCCAAAUAUUUGAUACCGCAGCUAGAAUCCACACCACAGAUGAAUGGUCAUGAACAUACAGGUUUGCACGAUGAUGACAAGAAUAUGAGUCCAGUGUUAGGUGCUGAUAAUUCUUUACCCCCAUACAGUGCUGACAGAGCCAGGGUGUCGGGUUCCAAUAAUGUUGGCGAGUUGUUCAAUAUGGCGGGUCAGGUCGGCAAGGCUGUAGGAUCUCUGGUCACAGUGAUGACCGAUGACAACGGUGACACCAUCGUUGAAGACAACAACAAACACUGACACACGGCCAAACACUCGAAAGACAUGUCGUAAUUCAGGACCAUUUGUGUCACUAGAUAAAUGUCUGCUCUCACAUACCACUGAUACAUAUGUGUCUGCCAAGAAGACUACAAAAAAGCAGUCAUUCAGACACAAAUGCUAUAUAUGAGAUAGUCAACCGCCAGUUGAUACAUUUCUGCCACAAUACCACAAGUGGAUUGAAUCUUACACCCAGCCAGUACAUCAUUUUGUCAUGAUACAAUACUAGACAAAUUUGUAUGUUAUUUGGAACUUAAUAUGGAGGGAAAUAAACGGGAAGGGUUGUUGAGGCCAUUACUUUAGAAUAGUAGUAAAUGUUUUGAAAUAUCGUUAAGUUCAUGAAGAAAGAUCAAUGGCAUAAACGUAGUAAGUGUAACUAUAGCAACUGUUCCAAAUUAAGGAUAUUGAGUAGUUAGUGAAUACUGAGUUUUAAAAUGCUUGAUUAUCGAAGGAAGAAGGGUAGCAUUUUAAAUUAAUAUUUUUUUGUUUUGAUUUCGCAAGUGCUGGAUUUUUCUUCAAGGGAAGUAACUUUUCUAUAAAAAUGAAACAGUGUAAAUUUAAAGCACAUUGCUUGUGCUGGCAAUUCUUUUAAUGGCAAGGUUUUCAGAUAAAUUUAGAUUUGGGAGGUUGUGAGAAAAUGACACAAAUGUGUAAGUUCAAAUAUUUUCGAAACAUGUUAAAAAACUGUAUACCGUUAUGCACUGACGUAUGAUUUACUACUUUUUAUGUUGGCAAAAAGUAACAAAAUGCUCAUUUCACCAAUUGUGCUUUAUUUUUGUUAAUUACAACUUUUGUUAGCUGAAACCAGUGUGCGACUACCAGCAGUUGUUUUUAUCGUAAUUUUGAGCAAUUGAAUUUUACACACAUAGUAAGAUACCCAUGUAUUAUGAUGAUGAUUUUGUUUUUCAUUUUUAUGAUUCUCUUCAAAGAAGAGGUUAUAUUGUUCGGCUCUUGUUGAUUGGUCAGUUGGUCAGUCCAUCUGUAGACAGUUUAUUUCUCAAGGAAUAUCUUGAGAAUACUUGGGCCUACUUUUACCAUAGCAAGAUUGCAAGUGAUCACUAGAUUACCCAUAGCUUACCGGGCUUGCAUGAUCGUAAGAGGCAACUAAUAGGGUCUUAACACUUGGUUUUGCAGUAACUGUGAUUCCAGCAGGUAUGCAAAUUUUGAUUUCAUACCUCAUGUUUUUAUUUCGAUGUAAAUGGGAUGUGAAACCAAAAUUUGUAGUCCUGUUUGGCGCCAUAUAACCUAUACUGUGUUGGUGCGCCGUAAAACCCAAAUAAAUAAAUUUUUGUGUCAGGUCAGGUGUCAAGGUGACAGAAAAAAAGUUUCCAAUCCAUAAAUGGAGAAUACUUAGACAAACUAACAUCGAAAGUAGAUAUCUAUUAGUGUGAUAGUUAUACCCAUUGUUUUGAGGGGGUCAUAUGUGUUUUACAAACAGUUUUUAUUAAAGGUGGACUUCAAGGUCAUUUACAAAUUCUACUGACACAAAUUAGCAUAAACUGUUUCUUCCAUGUGGACAUUUUAAAUGUUACCAUCUGUACAAAUAUUUUAUUAUUAUUAUUCUUUUAUUAUGUAUCAUCCCCCAUCCAUUCCUUAUUUUAUAUGUAGUCAUAUUUUUAUUUAAUUUUAUUAAAGCAUAGAUACAAAGCCCUAGAUUUUAAUUCCAAUGUGUAGAUAUAUAUAGGACUGGUAAUACUAAUUAUGCAAGUGUAAAUUAAUUCUGGAAAUAUGUUUUGAAACAAAAAGGUACUAAAAUGAUGGUACAGAUACUGCAAAUGAGAUUUUUAUAAAAUUCAGGGAAAUGUUGACGCUUUAUGUUAUAGAAUUGUAGACCUUUAGUUCAGCACUUUCAAUUCUGACACCAAUUUACUGAUUUGAUGGCUUUUUUAAUUUGUAAGUAUGAAUAAAAAAGCAUUUAGACAUUUUUUAUUUCUCUUAAAUUCAUGCAUUGCUCACAUUUACUAUCACAUGCAGUUUAGUUCUGUCACAUAGUUCACUGUGAAGUAUUUUCUGCACAGUAAUUAGGAAGCGUAGCAGAUUGUAAAAAGCUUUCCAGAUUUCAAAUAUUUUCGUUCACCAUGUAGGUUUACUGUACGGAUAAACUUAAAUAGCAAUUUACAGAAAUAACUUAAUUUUCUGUAACAGAUUUUACAUAGACCUGCAUGUGGGUACCACUAUAGACAUACAUUUGGGUACCAGUAUAUAUAGACCUACAUGUGGGUACCAGUUUAGACUUACAUGUGGGUACCAGUUUAGACUUAUAUGUGGGUACCAGUAUUAUAUAGACCUACAUGUGGGUACCAUUUUAGACCUACGUAUGGGUACCAGUAUUAUAUAGACCUACAUGUGGGUACCAGUUUAGACCUAUGUAUGGUACCAACUGGUAUACUUAUAUAUGGGCACCAGUAUAGACCAACAUGUAGGUACUGGUAUAUGGUAGAUGUACGUAUGGGUACCAGUAUUGACCAACAAGACUUUAGUAGGUACCAGACCUAUUUGUGAGUAGCAGGCAUGAAAAGUUUCCAAAUGUCUGAGGAAUGAUCUUUUAUUUCGUUUUCCUGAUAUGUUGUAAUACUAAAUAUAUGUAUAUAUUAAGGAACUCACAUAUAUUUAUUAUGGUGCUAUAAUAACACAAAUACUAAAUACAUUUUUGUAGAUAAAACAAUAAAUGGUUGUAUUUAAAUUUGUAACACCCUUUCAAAUGUUAGUCAAAUCUGACCAGAAUUUUUUUUUAAAUAUUUUCAUUUUAAGGAUAUGCAGCAUUAUUUAAGUGGCUUCUUUCAUCAGUAAACUUUAUUUUCACAAUAUUAUUACUGGUAUGCAUCAAUAUUUAGAAAUUAGUUACUCUAUUGUAUGAGUCAGUGCAUAGAUUUUCGUAAAGGAAAUGGAUGUUCUUCGGUAGAAUAGGGCAGAUUUUUCUCUCUUGUGACAGGAACAUUUCGUUAAAGGGUACACAUUAAUUGAAGAUAUUCUGGUCAAAUUUUAGAACUGAUUUUGGAAGGGUGUGUAGUGUAGUCCUAGAGUGUAUCUGGAAUAGUUUUAUAGUUCCAACUGUUUUUGUGAAUUAAGGGUUGAUAGGAGAGACUGUUUUACAACAAUCCAAUCAUGUGUAAAAGUUAUGACUUGUUGUGUUAAAACCACAGAUGUUUAAAAAGCAGUUACAAAUUUCUACAGAAUUUUACACAUAUUUUGUCUGCUCCACAGAAGGUGAAAAAUGUUACAGAUUCAAUCAAGUACACCAAAAUUUGUUUUUUUGACUGGUUUGAAUGUUUUACUUUAAUUAAGAUAUAAUAAACACCAGUCAUCUUUGUUUUACUGGUCACACAUGGUUGUAUUCUAAAUGACCUUGGAGUCAAAGGUCAUGACCCUUCAUUUUAAAUUACAAGGGUUAUGACCUUGACCUUAAGGGUCAUGUGGUAUUUGAAGUUUCUGUGAAUGACAGCCUGUUUCUGUCCAUGUACAUGAUGAGAUAUUUUAACCAUAAAUGUCCAUUUUAUUUACCUUUUACAUACCAUUUUACUGCUUUUAUUAUAUUUACCAUAUUUAAAGUAUUUACCUAUCUGUGUAAACAUGUAAAAUGCAGAUGAAUGGUUGUGUGUUCAGAAGGUCAUUAUUGAUAUCUAUAGAUUUAUAAAAUGCAAAUAAAAUUUGAUACAAACAAAGGAA